AAUUAUGUAGAUAAACAUAGGUGUCUAAUCUUUCUGUUCGCAUGCAGCGUAAAAUGAUAACAGCCUCUUCAAAACCCAUCUCCAAGGUAGUCUCAAUGCAACACGUACUAUCAGUAAACAUUUGCUCUUUUUGCUGCUCAGCCGUAUCCGUGCCUGAUUUCAGUUUAUGGUUAUGCCGCAAACCAUCAAAAGCAGAAAAAAAGGUGCUUUGAGUCGGAGACAAAGGUAAAAAGGACAACAAUGAGAUACAUUUUCGAUCUGUGAAAAAUGACGUGAGCUCAUGGUGUGAAAUUUGUCCCUAUCAUUACUAAUGUGACAGACAACUGAACUUUACGUUUACCUAAUUUUGAACAUUAAUAUCAUCGUAUUUCUAUUAAAUAAUUUAAUUAUGAAUUCCAAAAUAAGGUGUUUGGUCUUGGAUGAGGCACACAAGUUGGUGCGGAUGAAAAUUUCCAGGGCGGCCCAUAAAAUCGCAAAAGUCAACUUGAAGCAGCCGAACUGGAGCUACUUUCAUAAUCCAGGCUCAGAGCCCUUACGAGCCGUGACAAUCGGCAAUCUUUUUGAGGAGACAGUAAACAAAUUUGGAGACACAGAGGCGUUGGUCUCAAUCGCUCAAAAUAGGAGACUUACUUUUCACCAAGCAAAAACGAAGGUAGAUCAACUGGCCGCUGGACUGAUCUCUUUGGGGUUGAAACCCGGGGAUCGAGUAGGUCUAUUGGAGCCAAAUACAGAGGAAUGGUACAUAUCGUUCCUGGCUGGAGCAAAAGCAGGCGUUAUUGUAAUGAACUUGAAUCCCGCAAACCUGCCGAAGGAAAUCGCGCACUGCUUGCAGUUGACAGGAGCGCGAGCCUUGAUAGUACGGGAUACGUUUCUGACUCAAAAUUAUUACGAUUCGUUGGUUUCAAUUAUGCCUGAAUUGGAGAGAGCUCCCACUGGUUCGCCUGUCCAAGUUAAGGACUUCCCGGAGUUCUCUUACCUCAUCAUGAAUACGGACCAAACUUUACCGGGUACUUUCCGACUUCAAGAUAUUUAUUCUUUGGCAAACAAAGAAUCCACAAACAAGCUAGAUGAGUUGGCUAAAGCGAUCCAACCAGAUGACGCUUGCAACAUUCAGUUCACUUCGGGCACAACUGGACUACCAAAGGCUGCUGCACUGACACAUUUCGGCUCACUAAAUAACGCAUAUUUUAUCGGGAAAAGGUUCACUUACGACAGGAAGAGACCCACGAUUUGUUGCUCCGUUCCGUUUUUUCACACUUACGGCACAACAGCGGUAGUCCUCACCGGUCUAUACUUCGGGGCAACUUGUGUACUACCUAGUCCCAGUUACAACUCUAGCCUAGCAAUUGAAGCGAUCGCAAAAGAACAAUGCACUGCUUUGUAUGGAACUCCAACAAUGCAUUUAGAUAUGUGCGCGUUGGCUGAACAAAGUAAGGAAUCUUCGUGGAAAGAUAAUCUAGAUGUGAUCGUGACGGCAGGAUCACUCCUCUUACCUAAAGUUUACGAUAGGAUAAAAAAUGUUUUUCCCUCAACAAAAAUUUAUUCAAUCUAUGGUAUGACCGAGACGAGUCCAUCUUCGUUCCAAAGUCGAUCGACAGACACAGAGGACCAAAGAAAGUAUUCUGUUGGGUUCGUGCAGGAUCACGUCGAGGUCAAAAUUGUUGACGGAGCUGGAAAAAUGGUGCCGUUUGGUUCGCCAGGAGAACUCUGGUGCAGAGGAUACGUGAAAAUGCUGGGUUACUACAACCAGGAUUCAAAAACAGCGGAAAUGAUCGGGAAAGAUUGCUGGAUAAAAACUGGAGAUGAGGCAAUUUUAUCUGAGGACGGUUACGCGCAGAUCGUUGGCAGAAUCAAAGAUUUAAUAAUAAGAGGAGGUGAGAAUAUAUCGCCGAAAGAAGUCGAGGAUUUGUUACAAGCUCAUCCAGACAUUUAUGAGGCCCAGGUUUUCGGGGUCGCUGAUGAACGAUUGGGCGAAGUUGUUGGGGCAGCGCUAAUACUGAGACCGGGAAAAUCUAUCACGGUGGAUGAAAUAAAAACGUUUUGUAAAGGGAAAAUUUCACACUUCAAGAUUCCAAAAUAUGUACAAUUCCUCACCGAAUUUCCCAAAACGGGCUCGGGGAAAAUCAAGAAACACAUUCUGAAAGCAGCAAUGGAAAAAGCUGUUCAAGCGGGAGAUCUCUGAGAAGACAGCAGAUUUCCUUCAUUGUUGGCUUCUAACAUUUGCAACUAUUUGGGUUUUAUACGAUUUCCGUUCUAACAAGCUAUUCAAGACACAAUGCUCCAAAAGUCUUACCUCCCACAUGCCUUUAAAGGCAGUAAUUUAUCCUUUAUCACAUAGUUAAUGUCAGGGAGCACUUGAGCACUUUCACGAAGUUCCAUUUCAGGGGGAGGGGUGAGGUGAUGAAGAAGGGCGGGGGGGGGGGGGGAGAUGAGGGAAAGUAUGUUAGAAGAGGAUUCUUAUUGUUGACGUGUACUCCUGAUUUUCUGCUUUCUUGGAGAAAUAUAGUAUACUCUUGGAAUUGCCAAAAUUGUUAGAAUCGCUAAUUUCGAUAAUGACGAGUCUAAUUCUACAUUUUAAAAUCUGUGAUAAAUACGUCGUGAAGUGAAAAAUGAUAUCAAAUGGCGAAAAUGGAAAAGAACUGUUAAUUUUAUGAUUUUAAUUGCUAGCUUCAAAAUUUUCAGACUCCUCAGUCCUAAUCGAUUUUUUUAAAAAAAUAUUUUGACUUUGAAAAAUUGCGACGUUGUUUCCCUACGUUUUUAGGGAAUCGACUUUGUGCCCAGACAGACUACUUUUAUUUCUUGUUAGUUCACAGUUUUGUACAAAUCAUACCGGGUUCGAAAACUACUCGUUUCGUAGAACCUUGUUUUUUAGUCCUCAGAAUGAGCUCUCUCACACAUCAUAUGCCCUCUAAUGGGUUCCUGUAGUAUACAAAAUUUAACAUUGUGAUGCUGUUCUUGACUUUUCACUGCUAAACAGUGUUAUUAAAAAAUCCCGCACCACCAGCUUAAGGCAGCACCUCUGAAACGUUUGAACAAAUCGAGAUAUAGACUUUAAGACCCCUAAAAACUUCAAGGGGAUCCCUAUGAAAAAGGGCAAAAACCCCAUGAGUUAUAAGGAUAUCGCGGGAUUCCUCGACAACAAAAAAGUGAUUUUUAUCGUUUCAAUUGGUUUUUAUUCAUGAUAUCAGCGUGAUUUUGUAUUCGUCUGAGGACAUAUAUAAAGACUUCAAGAAGAGUAAUUGUCAUUGAGUUUGAUGGCAAUGAAGCAACCACAAAUACGAACAUAAAGUUGUGAACUCCUAUAUUGUUUUAAAGAACAAAUAAAUGUCACCAACCUGAGUGUGUGUUACGAAGAA